AUAUUGGGAUUGUACAAGGACUAUCCAUACAUUUCACCCUCUCCAGCCCCCUUCUUUCUCUACCUUGGCUACGGGGGAAACGAAGCCACCACCACCACCGCUACAAUGCAGGCGCUGCUGCUUCUGCAGCCGCGCUCCGCCGCCGCGUUUCACCCUCCUCUCCCCCGCCGCGGCCGCAAAACCCUGACCCUAACCCUAACCCUAACCCUAAUCCCAAGCACUACCUCCCCCACCGCCACCGCCACCGCCACCGCUCUCUCCCACUUCCCCCCUUCUCCCUCACCAUCCCAGCUCCUCGCCCUAAUCACUGCUAGGAAUCGGAAUCGCAGCAGGAGUUGGAAUCGGACGCCCCCGCAUGCCGCCGCGGCGAGUUCGCCCGCCGCCGACGACGAAUCGGAGAGGGCUAAACUCGCGCAGGUUUCGAAAAGACUAGAGAAUACAUCCCGAUACUUUAAACGGUUGGGUAGCCUUGGGUUCUGGGGACAGCUGGUGUGCACAGUUGUAUCUGCUGUGAUAUUAUCGUUCUCUACACUUGUUACUGGCAAGGUCACAUCACCAAUCACAUUUUACACCACUGCUGGCAGUAUUGCUGCUGCAUUUGUGUCAGUCUUCUGGUCGUUUGGUUACAUCCGUCUCUCUGAAAGGCUUAAAAGAACGGCCAAUGAGCCUGCCAAGGCCCCUCCACGUGCUGAUGUGGUUAAAAGUCUGAAGAAUGGUAUAGUGGUUAAUCUUCUCGGAAUGGGCGCUGCAGUUCUUGGCAUGCAAGCAACCGUUGGGUUAUUGGUUGCAAAAGCCCUUACUACCUCAGCAGUUCCAUACUAUCAGGGGAUACCCCCUGGUCGGAGUCCUGUGUUGGCGUUAGAUGUUUUCUUAGUACAGGCUUCAGCCAAUACCAUCCUUUCGCAUUUUCUGGGGCUUGUUUGCUCGUUGGAACUGCUGAGAUCAGUAACCCUGCCAGCGCCAGAAGCUGUUGCCAUCCCUAAAGCUGUGUAAACUCUUUUGGGUCAGUAAAUUUUGUGUUGCCGUGCUCUAGUUCCGCUUUCUUUUUAAAUAUUUUAUGAAAAUCAGCUUUUGAAUUACCUUGUUCUUUGUAUGUACAAUAUCUAAAACUUCCUCGAGUAGUUAUGUUUGAUGUGCACCAUAUGCUUAUAUUAAUAUUUCUCUCUGGGCCUUCGAAGUGCAUACUA